GACACCGCCGAGACGUGGGGAACAAUGGCUGCGAGGUGCCGAGCCACAGUCCGGUCUGGAUCCGAGUGCCAGCGCCCGGCGGGACGGGGCGUUCGCCGUCUACCUGCGCGCGUUGAACCGUGGGACCAGGCGGAUUUGAUUCCUCUGUAGCGCGGUGUGGACCUGCUCUCCCUGGAUGGUUUUUCUUCUCCCGUCCAUCAGUCGCAGUUGGGAUGAUCCCGGAGCAGUGAGCUGCACCAGCUGAUCGGAUGAUCCUGAGCACCAACAACUCGGGGUCUAGAUCUUCUGCGGUGGCCAGACCUUCUUAGCAGGCUCCUUCCCUCCAGACACUCACCAUGGAUCUGCUCCCAGAAUACUCCAUGUUCCUGACGCGGAUCCUUGAGGAACUGGACAACAAGCACAACAGCAUGUCCUACCAGGACCUGUGCAAGUCCCUGUGCACUCGCUUCGACCUGGUGCACCUGGCCAAGCUGCGCAGUCUGCUCUUCCACACCGCCUGCCUGGACCCCGCCUUCCCCGCCACGCUCUUCAAGGACAAAAUGCGCUCCUCCAUGGAAGACCCACAGUCCAAGAAGCUCAUGGUAGCUGCGGACAUUGUCACCAUGUUUAACCUGAUCCAAAUGAACGGGGGCAUGGCCAAAGACAAACUUCCUGUUGGGCACAGACCCAAGUUCCACAAGAACCAGUCUGUAGAUCUGGGUCAGAGUGAGAAGUACAAGGAUUGUGAGAGGGUUAGCUACGAGCACAUGGACAGCCCCGCUGACGGGCACUAUCACCACCAUCAUCACCACCACCCUCCUCCUCCUCAUCACCACCAUCACCACCACCACCACCUCCGCCCGCAGCAGCACCUGGCGCCCCCCAACACUCCCCCCUGCCCCAAGUCGCCCGAGUGCAACAAGAGCCAGCAGUUCCUUCCCACGUCAGACGCCAACUUCCUGCUGGGCGUCAGCAAGGAUCUGAAGUGUCGAGCCGCCUCUCUGGAUAAGCUGCACCACCUCCCCCAGUGUUCCAGCAGCAGCACGCCACCUUCUCCGCCCGGGGAGAUGCAGAGCACCUACUUCCCGAUGGAGGUGGAGAGCGACUGCCCCACCGAUCAGGAGUCGCUGCAGCAUCACGCGGAGGCCUUCACUGUCCACUCCUGUGUCCAGAAGAGAAACAUCUUCAAGCAGGGCUUCCACAACCUGGUGGCCAUCUCCCCUCAGGUCAUCACCACCACUGAGAGCAAGCAGGCCAGCAAGGCAGCCGAUCGCUACCACCGGAGGGAGCUGCACAAGCCCACCACAUUCUUCAACCACAGCUUUGAACUGCCUUACAGCAACCCCUACCACGAGGCCACCUUCAACCCUCCCCUUCAGGAGCAGCGGCGGGUGAAGCACGAGAGUCUGGACGACCUGCAGGCCUCCACGUACUUUGGUCCCACGACGGUCUCCGAGUGUGUGAGCAGCAGGAACUACAGUCAGAGGCCGGCGAGGCAGCCGUGGCCGGUGAAGAGCCUCAGUCUGAACACGGAGGAGGUGACCCCAGACUUCGAGAGGUCGUAUCAGAGCAACAAGCCGCACAAGGAGAACUUCCACCGCAACCUGAGCGUCAAUGAUGGCGAGCCGCAUUUCCAGAGCCCAAACAAGAACGCGGUGUCUUACCCCUCUGGAUUUGUAAAGAAAGCAAACGGGGUGAAAACCAAGGACGUAGCGCUGAUGGCGAGUGGACCUGGAGCUCAGGACAAGAAGGAGGUGUUGAGACGCUUCAGAGACAGGAGCAUGAACAGCUCGUCUUUCCAGGGCGUGGACAGCUCAUCGAGCAUUGGGACUCAGACCGAGCAGGCGGAGAAGAGGAAGGGGAAAGGUAAGGAAUACCCUCCCAAAUACGGCGAGAAAGAGCGGGCAUUCAAGCAGUCUGAUGAGGAACCAGAGGCUGUCAGUGACGACAUCAGCGACAUAUUUCGAUUCCUGGACGACAUGAGUGUCUGUGACUCUCUCAACAUCGUCCAGUCCUCGCUCUACAACAGCAACGGGUCUCUCUCUCAGGUAACGCUGAAGUCAGAAGGGGACAGUUCUCCGGAACGCAACACGGUGAAACUUGCCAAGUCCAAGCUGGACCGCCUUUUCAACUCCCUGGAAAACACCGACGACGAACUGAAGUCCAGCGUGUGCAAGCUGGUCAUGAGGAUCGGUGAGAUUGAGAAGAAGCUGGAGUCUCUGUCGGGCGUCCGCAGUGAGAUCUCCCAAGUGCUGUCCAAGCUCAACAAGCUGGAUGAAAAGAUUCAGGAGCCGGAGGGAAACGGGAGGCAUGCGGAGGCGGUAGCUGCCUCCGGGUCCAACCCCACGGCGGACAAGCUGCUCCCCGGCUCGGACACCAACCUCUUACCGCAUGUUUUCCAGUGCCACACCAUUGGGCACAACGUCAAGCGAGACAGCAGCGUGGCGGGGGACUGGUGCUGCCCAGAGGGAAGUGGCGCCGACAUGAAGGCAUUGAAAAAGAGCGUGUUCCUCAGGAGAUCGUCCCGCUCACUGAACGAGGAGAACUGCGGCUCAGAGUCAAAAGUGGGCAGCCUCAGUGAAUUCUCUCGGGACUGGAGGACAGUGUCCUACUCUUGCCACCCUGGGGAGGAAGGGAAGGACAAGGAUGGAGAGAGGGAGAGCAAAGACAGACACCGGAAAGUCAAGGAGGCAGAGCGGGAGCUUCAGUACGAAGCAGCUCACCGUCAUCCGAAGCCACCGAAGGAGACCUAUCUGAGCGAGCAGGUCUUCUCGGCCCACAACUAUAACCCCUCGGUCAAGGCUCACGUGAAAGGCAGCCCCUUGUACACGGAGCUGCGGCUCAGCAGCCUGACGGAGGGGAAGAGGGGCCAGCCGUCCUGGACCAUCGAGGAGUACAAGCGCAACUCGGCGGAGAAAGGGAAGCAGCUCUCCGCGCUGGACCUGCAGACAAAGGAAACGCUGAACCCCAACAACCUGGAGUACUGGAUGGAGGACAUCUACACGCCGGGCUAUGACUCGCUGCUGAAGAGGAAGGAGGCGGAGUUCAGGAGGGCCAAAGCUUUUAAGAUCGGUGCCUUGAUCGCAGCGGCCACCUGCACUGUGAUUUUGGUCAUCGUUGUUCCCAUUUGCACCAUGAAAACAUGAGGACGGCCGAAGGACGGACUGAGAGAGACGUGUGUAAACUUGUCUGGUCCUGUUGUCCUGCGAUUGAAUCCAAAUUAUCACGACUCUUUUUUGUUUUUGGAUGUAAAAGAUAUUAACUCUUGUGUAGGUGCAGAUCUAGUGAUGAUGAUAUACAUAUCCAGCGCCAUGGCGACGGCCCACCGGGUGUCAGUCUUCACUCGCCUAUAUAAUACGUAGGACAGCUAUUGUACGAUAGAAGCCAACUCAGCAGGUGCGUACUCAGUGUUAGCCGUAGUCUGCCGUGACGUUACGACGUGUUCCGGACGCCCGCGAGGCUCCGCAGAUCAUUUGGUAUCGUAGCUCGUCGAUAUAUAUUUUUCCUAUGAUUGCUGUAAAUUGUAUUUUUAUCUGUUGAUAAUCGAGACCAUUUUGAGGAAUCUGCAAAUACACUUUCUUAAAGUGAUUCCAGUCACGAUUGUAGCCGCAUGUGCUCAACAAAGCAAAGUGAAUGUAUCGAUGAUGUUUCCCUUGGAAAGUGACGGGACGUGUACGGCGGCAGUAACGUCUUCAAUGAGACCUGGCGUCCUGUUUCAUUCACGUGUUGCGUAAGUAAAGUCCGGACAUGAAGGGCAGAAUAAUGGCUGCAAUAUGGAGGGAGCUAGCUUCUCAUGCUAGCACCAACGUCCUUCCUCGGCUACCGUCUACGACAAUGCCUUAGUCAUACGUCACCUGCAACACCUACGCUCAAGGUUUCCUCAUUGUGACUUGAAAUUCUCUUUCUUUUACUUUGUUUUCAAAGGGUCGAGUCGCUGACAAAUGAUUGCAACACAAUUACAAUUUACUUUUUUACCUGGUUGUUAUUAUAAUAAUUUCUGUUAACACAAUAGAGACAAACCUGAACCACAUUUGCAGCAGGACAGGUUCCAUUUAGGUUUACAUUUUACAUUUGAAGACAUUCACCUCCAUGAUCAAUGUGAUUUUCCUUUUCCAUCCUGAAGGUUUAUUUCCAUAUUCCUAUUUGUUACCUAUUUACUAGUGAAGGGUCGAUGAGGCUUCAUGAAACAGUGUCCUGAUUUUCAGAGGCCACCAGGUGGUGCUGUCUGCUGUAAAAUGUUUGGACUUGAACAACUCAUUUAGUGACACCUCACAUCAUUUCUCAAACAAGAGCGCCAUCUAGUGGCCUCUGAAAAUUAGGACACUGUUUCAUCAACCCUGCAAAACGGUUUCAUGAAGCCUCAUCCACUCUUCACUAGUAUUCACUAUAAGUCCGUUCAUUCCAGUGUUGCUCCAAAUAAACGUUGCUCUUUUAUUUAAGAGCAUCUUCAUCUGAUGAUGAUGGUUAUGUACUUGGAGUUUGUGGCACUUGAACUAUAAGAGCUGACGUGUAGACAAGACUCACACAUUUUCUGACACACGGUGAUGCUAUCAGAUGAAUUCGAAAAUAGCGCUUCCUUCAUCAUCUACUCUACAAAUCACAAUGCACCGUUGAAUUUACAGGAAGUAAGAUCCUGUCAUUCUCUCUCAAGUGGGUUGCUUUUCUGCGCUGUAUUUUAUUUAGAAACGAAACGUUCAUCAUAUCUUUUGAAACGCUCAAAAGCCUCUCUUGGUCACGUGACUCGAACUCAAGGCUCGGGGGGGGCAAUAUCGUCCUGCCAUGUUGUUAUUUCAGCAGAAACUGUAGCACUAACAAAGAACGUUGAGAUUAUGACCUACAAAGAUGAGUGUCCAAGCUUCAACAAGGAGGUUACACAUGUCAAGGAUGAAUCUGGGAAGUGCCUGAACAUUGAUGAAGGUGAAAGGGAGUUUGAUGAAUGAGGAAGCUUCACUGCAGUCUUGUGAGUCAGUGAACAUGUUUGCAUGUGCGGCCCAGAAACCCAAACUAUUGUGUUAGUCUGGCUGAGUUCGGAGUUUUAAAAAGCGUGUAAACAGCUUAGUCCGACUACUGGAGAGAAAUUUCUCUUAGUCAGAUACACGACCUGGAUAAUGGGCUUAAUAGCUAAGCUAGCAUCUAGCCAGUAGCUGGACUAAGCUAGCAUCUAGCCAGUAGCUGGACUAAGCUAGCAUGUAGUCAGUAGCUGGACUAAGCUAGCAUCUAGCCAGUAGCUGGACUAAGCUAGCAUGUAGCCAGUAGCUGGACUAAGCUAGCAUGUAGUCCAGUAGCUAGACUAAGAUAGUAUGUAGCCAGAUGUCCGUGGUGUCGCCAUGACGACGUUGAUCUGAGGAGCUUUGGAUUCGUCGUAACUAUGUUCUCUCAGGUUGUUUUGAUCGUUCUCACAGGAAGAUUAGAGGACGUGAUUUGUUGGUUUAAGGAGACGACAUCACCUCCAUGUUAGCAACUGUUAGCAUGGCUGCUAUGCUAAGCUAAUCGAGGUUGAAAAGCGGAACUCUGUACUACGGUUACUCCACAUCUGUCAUCCUUUCAGUACAAAGACAUUAUUCCGAAACUAGCAAGUUUAAUCCCGACAUCUGCAGAAGGAAGCAUGUUGAUGGCAGUUCCAUGACGGCGUUGAACCAUCACUCUGAAGCGCUGAUUCUGACUCUGAAGUGAAACUUGUUCAUCUAGUUCACUAGUUCAUGUCUACAGAGUUUCAAUAUAACAGUCUGAACCGACUCCUCGCUACCUGUCAGCUUCCAUUGCUCUCCCUCUACAGUCAUAGGAACCGGAAGGACUGAAGAGCUCACAGCGCCACCCUUUGUCACGGAGGUGCAUUACCCAUGAUUCAGUGGCUUAAUGGAGGUGUUGCCUUAGUCGGGCUCUGCUCAGCAUGUAGCCGUACUCCCUGGUGAAGGAGGACACGUGUGUGUGUUGAAGCUAGAAACAGAGAAGCCGUGUGCUAAAAUGAGCCUUCAAUAAUGAAAGAGGUCACUGAUAUCUGAGUCUGUUUGAACUGCUUUCCCAUCAGAAAUGCCACUUACAGUUCAAUAAGUGGGAAUUUUCAUCCCUUGAUCUGUUGGAAAAUUUGCCCCCUGCUGUGCUUGAGUUUGACUCCUCUGACCUGAGCAUCUAUAUCACUAAUGUGAACACAAAUAAGCACCGUUGAAAAUGCACACAGAAUAUACGAUGUAUGAUUCACCUCCAAGUUGGUCACAUGGACUCAUGACUCAUUUAUUCUUUGCACAGUUUUACUCAUUCAAAAUGAUUUUUUUUAUUAUCAUCACUCGGCUGUUUCAGUCAUUUUCUGACAUUUUAGAAACCAGCUCUCGUCUGCUGACUCAAUAACUCACAGAUGUCUGUGUGGCCUGGCGGGUCCAAACGCUGCAUCGCAGGAGAACUUUCCAAAUGGACAAAAAAAGAAAGCAAAAGUUGUGCCAUUAUUUGACAAAACAUUGCAAAUCAAAUGGCGAACAGAGCUGUGCUGUUGGGGGCGCCGAACUGAUGAAACUGUCUGCGUGGAGGCAGCUUUGAGCUAUGAAGCGUCUGCCAGCGCGGACAGCUACCGCCGGGCUCCUGGAGUUUAUAGAGAAUCAGCGAAAAAAAGCAGUGAGGAACACACGCUGCAGAGUGUUGUCCCCUGGAAUGAGAUUUGAGAGUUGAGAUUUAUUGCCUUUAUAUUUAAAGAGCCCCUUCAGUAAACAUGACACCGCCUCACUGCAACAUUGCAUAUGGUUUCAUACGGUAGCGAUGUAAUACUGCUUUUUAACUGCUGUGAUUUCCCCACUAUAAGCUGCUACUUUUGUCUCGCGGUCUGAACCCUGCGGCUUAUACAGAGACACGGCUAAUAUCUGGAUUUUUACAGUUUAAGGAGCCAAAAUAUUGAGCCUCCUCACAUCAAACCCAUGACAUCACAGGUGUUUUAUUGACCUCAAAAUGCGCUGUUUUCGCCCGUGUGUCCGCAGCUCCGCCCACAGAGCCGAUCUCCUGGAGGAGCGGAGACAAGAAGCAGCAGCUGAGACCAGCUGUGGUGUCGGAACUUGGGACACAUUUUGAGCGCUUUAAUGUCAAUAAAAGAUGUGAGGAGUUGAUGAUUCCAGUUCAGAACAUUGGCCAGUUUGUUUCAUGAGUCAGUCUCCAUGCUGGAGCCCGUUUUCCAAACUAGUUCAGAAGUGAUCCUCAUGCAUUUUUAAGCCUGGUGCACCACUGACCGAGCCUCUCUCAUCUGCAGUGAGGGUCUGGUGAAACAGUGUCCUUGUUUUCAGAGCACAGUAGGUGGCGCUCUCAGUUUAAAAAUGAUGUGAAGUGGACAGUUUGCUUUAGCUUCGAAAUAUUUCAGUGAAUCAACAUAUCUAUUUUAAACCAAGAGCGCCACCUACUGAGCUCUGAUAGUAAAUACACUUUCAUGAGACCCAGCCAGCCCACCACUAAUGGUAGUUAGUAGUGAUGGGCAGGUGAGGCAUCAUGAAACAGUAUUGCAGGGUUGCUGAAACACUCUCCUAAUUAUCAGAGGCCACUCGAUGGCGCUGUUGGUUUAGAAAUGAUGUGAUGUUUCAUUGACUUAGUCCAAACAUUUUACAGCAGGCAGCGCCAUCUGAUGGACUCUGAAGAUUAGGACACUCUUCCAUGAAGCUUCAUUGACCCAUCACUAGUCGUGAGGGACUGACAUUGAGGCAGUGGUCAUCCCUGCUUGGCCAUCACACUGACCUUCACACACCUGACCCACCAGUUAUAAGUAAAUUUUUUAACACGUUUCAGCUACACGUCUGAUUAAAAAUGGCAAUAUUCAGAUGUGCACCAACUGCUGAACGUAGCUGCAGAAGAUAGUAUUUAGUAUGGAGGGGAAACCAACCAUCCGACUGAAGGUAAACCAUGUUAUUUUGCUGUGUAGCUGUAACGACUGGGACCAUAUUUUUUUACGCUGCUGGUAACCAACAAUUCCAAUGACUUUUCUCUUUGAUUUCAAUUGACGUCUCCAUUAGAGCCAUUGGUUUAAUGUCACGCUCUUACAAGGCGGAAGCAAUAUCACUGCAAACGACUGGUUUCAAUUCCCUGCAUGUCACUGUACUAUACUGCCUCACGACUGCCGUCUCUGAGCAUCGCUUGUACAUAGAGUCUCCCCAACAUGUUUCUGUUGUCUCAGUUUGAGCCAUGGUUUAUGAUGGCUUUGCUCACUGAAGGUCGCCUCUGUUCCUGCACUGUACGCACCUGCGGUGCACGUCAGUCCAGUGUGAAUGUUUGUAAAUAGUUCCUGGUCCAGGACACAUGACCGGACACAGCACAGGUGUAAACGUCAUAAUAAAAAUGUACC